AAGUCUGCGGCGUGGUCCUGCCAUACGGGGGCUUGCAGUCUGCUUACCCGUGCGACGACACUGUUAACAGCCACGAGGGCCGUCUCGUUGCCCUCAAUCUUUGUGUAACCAUAUUGCUUGUUGCUGUCUGUCGCGUCGCCGGCUGUCGCAACCCCGCCAGCGCUGCUGAACGCUGUUUCAGGCUUUGCUCACCCAACGUGCUUCUAAUUCACACACAUCAAUCGAAGCCAGAGCCCUCGCUCGGUCACGACCAAUGUCUCGCUCCAGCACGAUCGCCGCCAGAUGCGCUGCACUAAACACUUCCAUCGCCCAGGUUAUUCCGGUCAUCAGCAGCUUUGCAAGGCAGGUGCGCGAGGCCAGAACCGGCCUGAAUGCUAUCAACAACGACCUGCAAAUCAUCAGGACUGGCCUUGGUGUUGCACAGGAUGACUUUUCUACGUUCGGCUCUAAGCUACCUGUUGCUCUUGUCGAUGCAUACACGCAGAUCCUGGACUCCAGUGACGAUACUAGCGAGCGAUUGCACAAGGCGUUUUUGAAGUUGACAUGCAGUCUCUCGCCAAAGGACGACUGGCUUUCUUUCAACGCCGGUACGCUCAUAACGCUACGGCAAGACUUGGAAGCUUCGAGGAUCGUGCUCGACCUCGCUGUCGACUAUCUUUCAUUAUUUGGUCGUACCGACAGCGUCGAUUCGCUUGAUUCACUCAUACAGAGUUAUGCCAGUGGCUUGACCGAGUCCACUAACGAGUUACUCAAGCGUACUGAUAUAGAAGAAAUCCACGUCAAUCAACUAGCAAGAGAAAGGCUCAAAUCGUUACUCCAGGCGGUACGUUUGCUUCGGUCGUGCAUCACAGCAUUAUCAAGAGAGGCCAUGUCACCAGUAUCAAGGACCUCUGGACCUGAGCGAAGGACGACUACGCCGAGACCCGAUUCAUUAGAGCCUGUGUUAGGCGAACCACGCCGCAGCGGCAGUGGGAGGGACAGCCCUUUGUCACAACCGGCACUGCAACAGCCGACAUUGCAGCAGCCAAUAUUGCAACAGCCGAUAUCGCAACAGCCAAUAUCGCAACAAUCGACAGCAACCAAAUCUUCAGACAGGGGCAUAGGAGCAUGGCUCGCGGACGUCCCUUGCCACCAAGAUGCUCAACCUCUAACGCACUCGAUGAUUAUCAAGGUCACUGACGAAAGAUCACGUUCCCGAGCAACAUCUCACAGCCACCUAUCCCCUUCUCGCGGCACUUUCUACACCGAUGAUGCGGUGUCAUCAGGUCGGACCCUGGUCGCCCCUGAGUCCAGAGAAUCACGCAUCAAGAAAUCGCGCAGCUGGUGUUCAGACGCUUCCACUCGGCUUGAUGUCAGAACAAAGGCAAGAACGAAAACCAGAUUGGCCGAAGAGUACUCCCCGACAGUAUCAAGCUCAGAUGUAUCCAUCAUAUACAAAAGAAUAACAUCCGACAAAAUCGCCGUCGCAAAAAGCAACAGGAAGAACCUCGACCUUGACUCUCGUAUCGGCGUUGACCGCAUCCUGGCCAACAUCCCCGCGGACGCAACAUCUGGCGAAGUCGAACGCGUUCUUUGGGAAGGUGCAAACCCCAUGGUUGUACAUCCCGAGUUUGGGCACUUUUUCAUCCGCGCUGCACACGAAAUGUCGUCAGACAUCUUGCGCGUGCUGAUGGAGUACGGUGCCGACAUUACACGUACAUCAUCGACAAUCUAUUACUCUGCAAUGCACGCUGCUGUGCUCGGAGGUCAACUAGAGAUUGUCAAGUCGCUCACGUCUCUGGGCCACUCUAUCGACGCAACCAACACCCUCGGCGAGACACCGUUGCAUCUCGCGGCGCGUACGCCUGGCCCAACAAUGCGCGAGAUUGUCAGGUUCCUUGCUGAUAAGGGCGCGGACGUCAAUCACGAGUCUAACGACGGAAAUACGCCGCUGAAGUCGGCGCUCACAGCGAAGAGGCUAGAAGGCCGAGAACGAAGCCUCAUGAUCGAGCUGCUGCUCAGUUUCGGGGCAGAAGGAGAGUUGAAUCAGAAUCUGGAAGGGCGGAGAAGUAAUUCAAAGGGCUUAAAAAUUAUGGGCAUCACUUGAUUGCAACAGCUUGGCUGCAAUAGCUUGAUUGCAGUAGCUGAUACAUUGUUGGAUCUUACCUUCACAUUUCGGAGAUAUCGAUAGACUUUUUUGUAUAAUAUCUUUAGUAAGCUUAGAAAUCGAGGACUCGCCUGGCUGCGAGGAUCCCAUGCAUCAAUCGACCUCAUAAAGGUACUGUACCAG